AUGCAAUGGGAGAGCAAGAGAAUGAGUGACGUUGACGGGUCCCCCGUGGAAGACAGAGAAUUACGAGCCUCGCCUCGCCUCGCCUCGCCUCGCCUCGCCUGGCCUGGCCUUAGCUCCCCGCUCCUUUGUCGUCGGUGCAGGGCCUUCUUCUGGCUGGCCUCCCUCCUCGUGGCGUCCCUGGUCUGGUGUGUUUCGGUGCGCCUGAGCGACCCGGAAGACCAGCGGCUGCAGCACGGCCUGCUGAUGUUCGGCGCAGCGGUGUCGGUUCUGCUGCAGGAGGCCUUCCGCUUCGCCCACUUCCGGCUCCUCAAGAAAGCCGAUGAAGGGCUAGUGACCAUAAGUGAAGAUGGGCGAUCACCCAUUUCGCUCAAACAAAUGGCAUACGUGUCAGGCCUCUCCUUUGGAAUUAUCAGCGGCGUCUUCUCCGUCAUUAACAUUCUUGCGGAUUCCAUUGGUCCUGGCACAGUUGGCAUCCAUGGGGAUUCACCCUAUUACUUCAUCACAUCAGCCUUUCUGACAAUGGCCCUGGUUUUCUUACACACAUUCUGGGGGACCAUUUUCUUUGACGCCUGUGAGAAGAGGCGCUAUUGGAAGCUGGCCCUGGUGGUUGUUAGCCACCUGGUGAUAUCUGGGCUGACGUUUCUGAAUCCAUGCUACGAAGCGAGCCUUAUUCCCAUCUUCCUGAUCACAGUCUCCACAGGGGUGUGGGCCUUUUUCACAGCUGGUGGCUCCCUGCGCAACAUCCUUGCCUGCCUCUCCUGUAGGGAGAAAGAGGACGGCCACGUUAUGGUGUAUUCUGAGCUGCAACUCCCUGUGGAGGACUGAGCCCCCUGCCUGUUGGCUCCCGGAGGCCAGAUGCUUCCAAGGAAAGAUGAGCGCCCGAGGGCAGUCCUCCACCCAACUGGACAUCUGGGAGAAGGGCUGC